UAGAAAUCUGCUUAAGAGUUUUGUCCUUAAUCCUUACUGUGAUUGGUCUGGAGUAGGAUUCUCCACCCACUUUGUCAUCAUCGUCUUUUUUUUUUUUUCCUUUUCUGCCUUCAUUUUAUUUAUCUCCCUCUACUUGCACACAUCAUCACUUGAACAUUUAAGAACGGCAGGCACUGUUCACAUCUGGUGCACUGUGAACUCUUGUGAUAACUGGCCAACAGGAGCUUUGAUUGUACAACCUUAUACCUAAAGAAGAAAGAAAAUGGCUCAUUCUGAGUUUUCUUUUCAUGUGCCAAGUCUAGAGGAACUUGCUGAAGUUAUCCAGAAGGGACUAAAAGAUAACUUUGCUGAUGUCCAAGUGUCUGUAGUUGAUUGCCCUGAUUUGACUAAGGAACCAUUUACCUUUCCUGUAAAAGGCAUCUGUGGGAAAACUAGAAUUGCAGAAGUAGGAGGUGUGCCUUACUUAAUUCCUCUUGUAAACAAAAAGAAAGUUUAUGAUCUGAAUAUAAUUGCAAAAGAAAUCAACUUGCCUGGAGCCUUUAUUCUUGGAGCAGGGGCAGGCCCAUUUCAGACUCUUGGGUUCAAUUCUGAGUUUAUGCCAGUUAUUCAAACAGAAAGUGAACACAACCCUCCUGUGAAUGGAAGUUACUUUGCUCGUAUUAACCCUGCAGAUGGAGGAUGCCUAUUACAGAAAUACAGCCAGAAAUACCAUGAUUUUGGAUGUGCAUUACUGGCUAAUCUUUUUGCCAGCGAGGGCCAACCUGGCAAGGUCAUUGAGGUAAAAGCCAAACGAAGAACUGGACAACUUAACUUUGUGACUUGUAUGAGACAAACUCUGGAAAAACAAUAUGGAGACAAGCCUGUAGGGAUGGGAGGUACUUUUAUAGUUCAGAAGGGAAAAGUAAAGGCUCACAUUAUGCCUGCAGAAUUUUCUUCCUGCCCAUUGAACUCUGAUGAAGAAGUGAAUAAAUGGUUGCAUUUUUAUGAGAUGAAUGCUCCUUUGGUUUGUCUACCAGUUUUUGUUUCCAGAGACCCAGGAUUUGAUUUGCGACUGGAACACACUCAUUUUUUUAGUCAUCAUGGAGAAGGUGGACACUAUCAUUAUGACACGACUCCAGAUAUAGUGGAAUAUCUUGGAUACUUCUUACCUGCAGAGUUUCUCUACCGCAUUGAUCAACCAAGAGAGACCCAUUCAGUUGGACGAGAUUAAAUCAUCUUAUGCUUAACAAAAAUAAAUAAGUUAAUUAAUUAAUUCAUUACUAAUAUAAAAUCCAAUAGAAAUUAUCUCAUCACUUAAAACCCUUUUUUUGUCUUUGAAAUGACACUGUAUUCUAUAUUAUUUCAAGGUAUAUAUCUGAGAGAGAUUAUUGGGAACAGAGAUACAUUUGAGAUGGUCUUUUUUUUGUAAUGCUCACAUAAAUUUAUUGAGCCAACCUCAUUUUUUUAAAAUUCUAUAAUAUCAAGCAAAGUCUAUCAUAUGUUUAUAUCUCAAAUAUAAAUAUGAUUAGGAAUCAUGAUUAUUCCUACUAAUAGCAUUAACUUACAUUUGUAUAAUGUUCAUUUUUUCAAAUUAAGUCUUAAAACUGCUAAAUAGAUUAUUUCUAGGCAUUAGCAAAAUCAGUUUAGAAAUGUUGAUGGUUAAAGCCAGGCAUGGUAGCACAUGUCUAUAAUCCCAAUAACUUGGGAAGCUGAGGUAGGAGGAUCGCAAGUUCAAAGCCAGCCUCAGCAACUUACAGAGGCCUUUGAGCAACUUAACAAAACCCUGUCUCAAAAUAAAAAAUACAAAGGGCUGGGAUGUAGCUCAGUGGUUAAGCACUACUGGGUUUAACCCUGGUACCAAAAAAGAAAGAAAGAAAUGCUUAUGGUUGAAUCUUUGUAUUGAAUUUUAAAAAUCCAUUCCAGAAAUCAGAGUAUAAUUUUUUUUUCAUGGAACAAGGUAAACAAAGUAAGCCCUUCAUCUUUUUCAUGAAGUUAAACCAUACUCAGAAGUUUGCAAUUUGCCUUUCACAAACAUUAGUUAGCAACAAAAUGGUUAGCCAUGAUUCUUCCCUUGUUCUGAUUGCCAUGUGGAAGCAGUUUGUUGGUUAUUUGCAGUAAGAGAAAGGAAAAGAAACAGCAUCAAAAUACAAAAUUUAUGUGAGCAUACUUUAAUUUUCAAUAAGGCUACUGCUGAAAGUGACUAAUGCCCUUCAUGAAAUAUAAAAUUAUAUUCAAUUACUGAUUAUAUGGUUGCCUUUGAUAUUCUCCUAUAAUAAUCAUUACCUAGAAGAUCAACUCUCCAUUCUUGCUAAUGCCAAAAAUGUGCAAAUUUAGGUGCUUUAAUUUAGUACUAAGCACACUUCAAAUAAUAUUUUGGACUGUUUAUUUUCAGUUUUAGCUGUAACAUGUGAGUAUAAAUCUGUGCUAUUUUUAAAUAAGCACUAUUUUGAAGCAAUGAAAUUAAUAAAGAAAUAAAAAGAAAUUAAUAAAAAUUUUGUAUUGAUAAUGUCCUUUUAAUCUUUCCUCCAUUGAAAAAUACUAUUUUUUUAGUUUUCAACCUGUAUUUCAUUGCAUGCUUUUGCAUUCCCAAUCAAACCAAUGAACUCUUUUUUUUUUUUUACUGUUGCAUAUUAAUUAUACAAAAUAGUGGGUUGUAUGUAUUGUGGUAUAUUUUUACAUGCAUAUAACCAUAAUUUGAUCAAUUUAAUUUUCCAGUAUCUACACUUUCCUCUCCCCUCUUUCUCUCUGGUUCCCUUACCCUAAUGGAUCUAAUGGCCUCCCUUCUAUUUUUACAAGAUCCCCUUUUCUCCUCCUUUAUUAGCUUCCACAUAUGAGAGAAACAUGACAUAUGACACUGGUAUGAAAUCUGUCUUUCAUUUAACAUGAUGGUGUCUAGGUUCAUCCAUUUUCUAGCAAAUGACACAAUUUUAUCUGUUUUUAUGGCUAAAUAAAUUAAACUCCAUUAUGUAUAAAUAUCAUAUUUUCUUACCAUUUUUCUGGUGACAGAUACCUAGGCUGACUCCAUUACUUAACUAUUAUGAACUGUGCUGCUGUAAACAUGGGAAUGCAUGUAUGUCUAAAGUGUGCUAUCCUCAAUCCUUUUGGAUAAAUAUGAAGCAGUGGUUAUAGCUGAAUCAUAUAAUAGUUCCAUAUUUAGUUUUUUUGAGAAAACUCCAAACUGAUUUCCAUAGUGGCUGUAGUAAUUAUAUUCCCACCAACAGUAUAAGUGAGACAGGAAGAUAGCUUUCCCCCACACCACAGAUAGCUGGGAAAAGUGUAUAAGAGAAGAAAAGGAGGAAGAAAGGACUGGGAAGCUUGCUACCCCAGCUGGUCCUAGCCACAAGCACAGUUCCUUAACAGCCCCUAGCAAUGAUCAACAGCAAAAUGUUCUCUAAAGCACUUCCUCUUGAACCAACAAAUCCUCACCACCAUCCUUUUGCUAAUAAAGACUCAGAAAUCACUUUUCUCCAGAUUUGCUGAAGACGACAAUUAGAGCUUAUUGGCCUCUUUCUGUCAUCCCACCAAUCGCCUCUAGGUAUAGAUCAAGCCAAUUAAAAACCCCUAGACAAUAGACACCUGUUGGCAACCCUCUCUUGGGACCCCACCCUCUUCAGAAGCUCUGCUUUCUAUCACUCUGAUAAAUCUUAUUACUUUACUCUCACCCUGUGUCUUUGGGUUUCAUUCUUCAAAUUCAUGAGACAAAAAACCCACCUGACCACCAUGGUCCAUGAUACAUAGGAUUCCAUUUUCCCCAUAUCCUUGCCAGCAUUUAUUUGUACUUUUGAUUAGUAUUUUUUAAUAAAUUUGUAUUGAACACUUACUCUGUACUCUGAAAUGUAAACUACAUGAUCCUAAGAUGUUUGUUUACUACUAUAGCACUAGUGCCCUUAAUAGUGCCUGGUUGUUAUGGUUUGGUUGUGAGAUGUCCUCCAAAAGCUCCUGUAUUAAUGCACGAAUGUUUGAAAGUGAGAUGAUUGGAUUGUGACAGCAAUAACCUAAUGAGUUCAUCCUAGUUUGAAUGAACUAAAUGAGUGGUAAAUGUAGUCAGCUGGCGAGUGGCUGGAGGAGGUGGGUCAUUGGCUGUGUGACCUGCAAGGGUGGUUCUUUCUUUGGGGGCCUUGUCUUUCCCUCUCCCUGAUUCCUGGUCUCCUUGAACAGAACAGUGCUCCUCUCCCACACCCUUUGGCCACAAUUUCCUAUCUUACUUUGGGUCCAGAGAAGUGGGACUAUGUACUAAACCUUUGUUAACUAUGAGCCAAAAUAAACUUUCCUUCAUCUUAGGUUGUUCUUGAUGGAUGUUUUGAUCACAGUGAUAUAAACCUAUUACACUGGCCAAUAAAUAUUUGUUGAAUAAUGA